AUGGCGACUCAUAGUUGCAAACAUGUCCAAGCUCCUUGUUGCUGCAUCAAGGUGACCCUCAGCAAGGAGGCUCGUGCGGCACUUACUGCUCAACGUCGUGAUAAAUCCCGCCGUUUCGAAACUGAUCUUCACAGUGCUUGGACCGAGAUCGACGAGACUAUGAAAUCUAUUUCGUCUUCCCAUCACAAAAGCUUUCGACAUGUCCAGAACGAAUUAUGUAUGGGCCGUGGGAUGCUGUGCUACCAACGUUUGAAGUUAAACGCAUGGAACACAUUCUGCUGGAAGAAGCGCAAUGACAGGAAGGCAAAUGGGGGAGGCACAGGCAAGGCCGUGUUGCAAGAACUUGUGAAGGACGAGGAAAACCGCACCAAAUAUCACAAGCUCAUGGAAGACGAGAAAGCUAGUCUUUUAGCUGAGUAUGCUGAACACAAGCAGACCAAGACCAGUGGCAUCCGCAUCUCAGCUAAAGCAAAGGUUAACGACGUCACUCAUACCCUCAAGGCUAUCGAGAACGAGGCAACUCACCAACUUACGGGCGUGGAGACUAUUCUCUAUAUGACACGUGGUUCCACAGAUUGCCCGCUUCGUGGUGUCGCCUUUGUGACCGAAGGUGUCAGCGACUUUAUGGGUACCGUGAUGAACAUUGAUAGCCAGGAUUUGGUUAGUAAGAUGGAGGGAUUUUACGUGCAAGGCAUGCAAGGUGCAGCAAAAAACCAUCAAAAACCUAGUUCGGCAAUUCGGGGCGCAAUUCGCAACGAGAUCAACAAGACUCUUCAUAUGUCAUAUAUUACUAGGGAUCCAAAGGCAAAGAUGCAUUGGGCGAACUACUGGCGUAACGUGGUUCAGCGGUACCUCGUCAUUGUGGAAGGUUGGCCCGACAACAUACCAUUUGUCAACCUUAGCAGUGUCUCCAGUGCUCUACCAGACCUGGAAAUGCUCUUGCGUAAAUGGCAGUCCAAUGCCAUCCAUUGGAGGCGCCUGGAAGAAGAUGAGUAUCUCAAACUCCUUGAAGAGCGCAAUGAGAAGUUGGAGCAAGGUGAAAUUGCUGAAGAAUGCCGGCGCACUCGUUCGGACAAGGGGAAGAAGCACGUACAGACUUCCGAUAGUUCUCGGCACAAGAAGGCAUUCAAGAGUGCCGAAACUGUCGUAAGUGAUGAUGAAAAUGAUGAAGAUAAAACGGCACCGGCUACUGCCUCCACUCAUGCCCUCACCGGUGUAGAAACAACAAUACUGAGAGGAACAAAUGAAGCUCCAGACUGUAUCUGUAAAUGUUGUAAGGUCGCGCGUUGCCUAGUCUGCUAUACCUGA